AUGGACGAGGAAAACUCUCUGGAUUUCAAAGCCCUGAGGGCCAAGUUUCAGGAAGAGGAGGAGCUGCUCCUAAAGCAGCCCCUUAAGUCCAAACCAGUUCUGCCAGAGAAGCCCAAAGUCGUGCCUCCACCACAGAGCCCCACAAACUACAUGCCUGCAGGAGCACGGCCCUCUUUGCUCAGCACCAUCAACCGGAGUCUGGAGGGCAAGAGCACUGUUGCUCCUCGAGUGGUUUUCAAGGAUGAGAAGAAGGAGAGCAAGAAGCCACUUUUUCCAUCAAACUCCAAAAUCUCCAAAGUCAAAGUGAGCAAAGAUAAAGGGAGCAAAGGAGGCAGAGAGCGGCUGUACGACGAGGAUGUUCCACCACAGAAGACCAAAAAAGAGAAGAAGAAGGAGGCCACUGCGGAGCUGGUCCCAGCCACGCCUCCUCCCAAAAACACCACCUUGAAAAAGAAGGGGUUCUUCUUUAAGAAAUCUAAAAGAGAUUCAUUGGAGAUUACCGGGUACCCAAUUAUGGAUAGUCCCAGUUCUGAGGUUGUAGGACCAAUUCCUUUGAUUCCAGUUCCAGAGGACAUCACCAGCUCUGCCACAGAAGCCAGUACUCCGAAGUCUCUGAUACCUACCUCUGGUCCUACAGCAGUGACACUUCCUCUCUCCAUCUCCACCUCCUCGGACCUCACCCCUGCUCCAGCAUUUAGCACUGAGGCCCUAUCUCUCCCUUUCGCUCCCACCCUGGAGAGUGAAACCACUGCACCCAUAGACACUGCUCAUCUCGCCCACCCACCCAAUCUGAACGACCUGCCCGCGGUCCUGGCCCCUCUCCUCAUAACUCCAGAUCCAGAAGUGACUGUGCCUACCCCCACACUCUCUAACCCUUCUCCUGAACCCGAGCUUUCUAUAGAACAUUUAAACGCUUUAGACAUCCCCUCUCCAUCUGUGGAUGUAGAUUCUAUCUCAGCUUCUCCUAAACUGGAGCGGCCUCUGUCUGCCCUGUCGGUUCUGGAGAGGGCCGAGGAGAUGAACCCAGGGAAGAGGACUCCACCGGGGGAUUCGAGGAUCUUCAACGCCCUCGAAAAGGCGCGCAAGAUGGCUCAUAACCAUCACAAACCGGCCUCUCCUCUGCUUAUGAGUCCUUCUGCAGAAGAUAGACCUGUACUGUUUGAUCUCCCUCCCAUUGACUAUGAAGGAAAGAUGGGCCAAGACCUUCCCCCAAAACCAGAGAUGAAUGGCUUGGACCACAGAUCGUCAUUGGUGUUUAAGGAGCUUACAGAAGACGACUUUCUGGACCCGUCCGAGGUCCCCCCUCCUCCCCCCAGAAGACCCCUGUCUGAAUUUGAGAUCGUGGCUCCUCCUAAGCCUGAGCGGCCUCACUCUGUAGACCUCAGCGUGUUCUCUCCACCACCUCUGGAGGACAGUGCUUUGGCAAUCCCAGCUCCAGCUGACUUUUUCUCAGAAUCAGACUCUGGUGCACAGCUGGAGUUUGGUGAUGUGACCCCAAAGGUGCACUCCCCUGAGCUGCCUGUGUCGGACUGGGGCAGUGGGGACAAUGACGGGUCUGGAACAAUUGCUAAAGACGGACCCUACCUCCCCAACGGGACCAUCCCCACAGGCGAGGUCCAAGCCACGACACCAGAACUCCAUGAUUCACCAGAGAACUCCUUGAUACUAACACCAGGGAGCCAGGGUGAUGACAAUCCCUAUGAACAUGCAGACAGUGCUUACGACGAUGUAUCAACUUUAUCCAAAAAGAAAGGGAAGGGGGAUGUCAAGAAGCGCAAAGGACAACCCAAGAAUCCAUAUGCAGAAACUCAAGAACUCAAGACUGAAGAGAAAACCAAGACUGGCAGGUUUGGCAAGAGCGACAAGAAGGCUGCGGCGGAGGGUCCGGACGAGAAAGAACUGAAGAAAAAGGAAAAACAACGGAUGGAGAAAGAGAAAAAGGAGCAGAAGGAGCGACAAGAGCGGGAAAAGAAGGAGCAGAAGGAGAGGGAGAAGAGAGAGAAUGAGUUGAAGAAGAAAUUCAAAAUCACGGGGCAGGAGGAUGCCAUGUAUCAGGCCAAAGUGACCGUAACUACAAAAGGGCGGAAGCAGGACCUCCCAGUGAAGAGUGGAGACACCAUCAGCAUCAUCAGGACCACCAACUGCCCCAAGGGGAAGUGGCUGGCCCGGGACAGCAGCAACAACUAUGGUUACGUGGCUGUGGACCAUUUGGAUCUGGACAUAAAGGAGAUGCUGGAGCUGGGGAAGAAGGCAGCGGUGUCCCGACUGAACAACACCAGUGUGGAGCCGGAGGUCCCCAGCGCUGGGGCUCCAAACCACUAUCCCAAUGAGAGCUUCACAGAUGACAGUGAAGAAUGGACUUGUGAUGAUGACGAGCCGCUUUCUCCCACCGACCACAUAGAGGCGCAGCUGCCAGUUGUCCACAGUAGAGCGCACUCGUUGCCGGUCAUGGGCGACACGGUAUCUAUGCAUCCAGGAUCAGAAGUGCUCAGUAUAAACCAUCAGCACAGUCACAGUGAUCUAUCAGACGGCCCCAAUCAGCAAGCCAGACAUGAAGCACUUCAGAAGCUCGCCACUUUUUUCCACCCUGUCAAAACCACGGAGUCCCCUGCCAGUCCCGUUGAACCAGCCUCAUCUCCUGAAGUAGUUAUGGAGGAAGAGUCAGUGCCUGAGUCCAGCCCGCCCCAGGAGCAGGAGUUUCAGAUCCCCAUAAUCCCUCCUCCAGAGCAGUACGCCGACUUUCAGACGGAGUGA